AGCGGCUGUCAAACCCUGUUUUUAUCUUCCCUCUUUGUCGUGAUCUGGCUCCCUCCAUCAACAAUCGCCACCACGUCAAAACAUCGUUCAGAAGAGAUCCUGCCCUGCCUGCCCUACCUGCUUUAGAGACUGAGCUAUUCGCUCCGCGCAUCUUCCCUGUAUUCAGCGAAUUCGCCUUAUUCUGCAGCAUCACGACUACUACAUAACCAUGGCGGACAAGCUGGACAAAUCUCUUGAUGAUAUCCUUAGCUCCAGGCGUACAGCCCGUCGCACCUCCCAGCGACGUCGCGAUACCAGAUCCACAAGGGCAUCUCACAAUAUUGCACCUGUAGGUGGCGUUAAAAAGACUGUCAGAAACGCGAAAUCCACUUCCAAGUCUAUUCCUACCGGCCCAUCUAUGGGUCUGGGCGAAAGCAAGAUCAUCGUGAGCGGCUUGCCCUCCGAUGUCGGUGAAGCGAAUAUCAAGCAUAGCUAUCACUCGCCUCGACGUAUUCAGACGGAUGCCACCCGAAGUCACAUGUCGUUUAGCAAAACCCAAAUCGAUAGAGGGUUGUCCAAAAGAAAAAAAAAACGAAAAGGAAAAGGCAAGGGAAAAGGUCGACUAUUUCCACUAGCUUUGGAUCCAGUCAUUGUCUCCAGAGCUGAGUCAUGUCCUGCAUACUAUGUCCGGUUGAUGCCGUGCGACAUAUGCAAAGCUGAGAAAAGACAUAUUCUCAUUGCCCGAUAUACUUUGCUUUGUUUGCAUUUGGCCAACAGAAAUGUCGCUCGACAUGUAGAAUAUUUCCACAAAUCUGCUGGACCUGUGAAAAAGGUCAUGCUCACCUACAACCAAAAUGGUACUAGCCGCGGCAUUGCUUCCAUUACCUUCGUUCGUCCAGAUACUGCCGCGAAAGCCGCAAAGGAACUAAAUGGUUUACUCAUCGACAAGCGACCCAUAAAGAUUGAGGUUGUUCUUGAUGCAUCUCGCGCUCCCACUGUUCCUGCUGUGAAGCCUCUAACGGAACGUGUCGCUCAACCAAAGCCCCAACCCAAACCCGUAUCAGCCACAAAGGCCAGCGCGGGCUCAAGGCGCAGCCGCAACCGUCGCGGACGGAAUGUGGGACGCCCGAAACCCAAGUCUAUCGCAGAGCUUGAUGCGGAGAUGGAAGACUACUUUCCCUCGUCGAAUACCGCUCCAGCCGCAACGAACGGAGCCGCACAGCCAGCUGCGGCUGGGGGGGAGGACCUCGGAAUGGAUGAGAUAUCUUAAACCGAUAUACACUGGAUAAACCCCCCUCACUACGUCGAACUUGAAAAAGAGGGAGCAAGUCAGACCGCUGUGAUUUCUGUAGUUUUAAUUUUCUCGCCACUCUCUAAGAUUUGUUCGGGAACAGGAUCGCGAUCGUUUCCCGAUCGAAAAUAUCAACAUCGCGGUUCUGAACGGCAAAACAUCUUCCUUAUAUGUCAGCGUUCUUUUUACAUAUUUCCUUACCCCAGAGCUGUUUACUUUUAUGUUGCGCUUGCGGCCUUGUUUUUUUAUUUAUUUUUUACUGUUUUGAUCGUUUUCGACGGGAGCCUUUAUCUCAUGCUAGGAAUCCGAGUUCUGCCAUUUCGAGUUACUCUCUGCUUUAUUCUGAUCCCACCGGAUAUCGGACCUAAGAUAGCCGUUGUGAUGGCUGGAAUCUCUCAAUUUUCUAUCCCACGAUCGCCAUACAUUUCGGAGGUUCAGACAUUGAGGUGGAUUCAAGGAAUAGAAUAUUAUGGCUAGGUUCAGGUUUGGCUAGGCUGAGGGCUGAGGGCUGAGGGCUGAGUUUUGUUCGGAUUGGUCGUGGUUUUCCUUCUGCUUUUCUUGUUCGAUAUGCGAUCUCGUACUUCUGUUCUUUUUUUAACAAACAGAUUGUGGUUUGAAUUUAUGUGCAUUAUCGUUCUCUAGGGAAAAAAAAAAGAAUAUGCAACCGUUAUUUAUAUAUUUACG